AUUAAGCUGAGAUCUUUAGGUUUUGCCUAGUUUUAUGUGUCCAAAUAAAAUGCUUGCGCCACUAUAUAAGAGACCGUACCGCUCAAUUGAUUCAACAACAGUGCGCCAUAGCACAUCGAAGUUCCUAACUCGCUAAAAAAUCGAAGAUGGAAGCUUCCACAACACUAUGGCUCCUCUACAUCUUAGCUGCCUCUUGCGUCCUAUACAAAGUCUUCGUCUCCAGCAAGAACAGCCCGAAGACAUGCUCCAGCAAUGCACGGGCACGGCGGCCGCCGGGCCCAGCGCCGAUCCCUCUCCUCGGCAACAUCUUCCACCUGCAAGGCGAGGAGCCGCACCACGCCCUGGCGAGGCUCGCGGGGGUGUACGGCCCCGUCAUGUCCCUGAAGCUCGGCACGGCGGCCGCCAUCGUGGCCUCCUCCGCGGCGGGCGCCCGUGACGUCCUGCAGAAGCACGACCACCUGCUCGCGGCGCGCUCCAUAACAGACGCCGGGCGCGCGCUCGGCAACCACGAGCGCUCCAUCAUCUGGCUUCCCUGCACCAGCCCGCUGUGGAAGCGGCUCCGCGCCGUGUGCGCCAGCCACCUCUUCUCGGCCCGCGGCCUCGACGCGACGCGCGCCGUGAGGGAGCGCAAGGUGCGGGAGCUGGUGCGCUGCCUCGGCCGCGUAGCGCACGCGGGGGAGGCCGUGGACGUCGGCCGCGUCGUGUUCUCGGGCGUCCUCAACCUCGUGUCCAACGUGCUCUUCUCAGAGGACGUGGCCGACGUGAGCUCCGACCGGGCGCAGGAGCUGGAGACGCUUAUUAAAGGCAUGGUCGAGGAGGUCACCAAGCCCAACUUGUCGGACCUCUUCCCCGUGCUCUCCGCGCUGGACUUGCAGGGACGCCGGCGGCGGACCGCGGGGCGCCUGAGACGGUUUAGCGACUUCUUCGACCGGAUCAUCGGUCGCCGCAUGGAAACCGGCCGAGGUGGAAGGAAAGAUGACUUUUUGGACGUGCUGCUCCAGCUUCACUCCGAGGAUCAGCUCAGCCUUCAGACGAUCAAUUCAUUUCUUUCGGAUCUCUUCGUGUCGGGGGCAGAGACGAACUCGAUCACGGUGGAGUGGACGAUGGCCGAGCUACUCCGGCAACCGGCCGUGAUGUCAAAAGUCCGUGCCGAACUGCGGGAAGCUCUAGGCUCGAAGCAGCACCCGGACGAGUCCGACAUCGGCAGCCUGCCGUACCUCCGUGCCGUGGUGAUGGAGACCAUGCGGCUGCAUCCGGCGAGCCCGCUCCUGAUGCCGCACGAAGCCAUGGCCAACGGCGCGGAGGUCGGCGGCUUCGCGGUGCCCAAGGGCACCAAGGUGAUCGUCAACCUGUGGGCUAUCAUGCGUGACCCAGCGUCGUGGCCGCGGCCCGACGAGUUCGUCCCGGAGAGGUUUCUGGGCGCGGCCGCGACGGACGUGGAUUUCCGGAGCAAAGAUCACCGGUUGGGGUUCAUGCCGUUCGGGGCCGGCAGGAGGGCAUGCCCCGGGACGCCCAUGGCCACAAGGGUGGUGACGCUGAUCCUCGCGUCCCUGCUCCACGCCUUCGAGUGGAGGCUGCCCAAGGGGAUGCAGCCAUCCGACGUGGAUGUCAGGGACCGGUUUGGCACGUCGCUUAAAAUGGUCACGCCGCUCAAGGCCGUGCCGGUGCCGGUGUUCCGGUGAUACACCGUGUGCAUAGGGUGUUCUUUGACCGUGAUGUAAGCAACGGCACAUGGUUAGUGCGGUUAUGUAAUUUAUAUGUAAUUCUUCGAUUUAAAAGCCAUUUUCUGGGGUUUAUGUAGUGAUAAA